AUGGCGGACCAGGUGGAUCAGGAAGCAGCAGCAGCGGCAAGAAUGGCUAGGGACGAAUUGGAGCAGCAGCAACAGAGGCUGCUUGAGGAAGAGCGCUUCGGCAGCAGCAGCGGCAGCAAUGAGCCGGUGGGAGCAAAACUGAAGGAAAUUGCAGUUGCUGCAUCUGCACUCGCGCACGAAUGCGCACAGCUGCCAGCCGCUGCCACAGCAGCAGCUGCAGCAGCAGCAGCUCUUGCUGCACUUGCAAGCGGCAAGCGCGCGAGCAGCAGCACUGCAACAUGGAUCCGGUUCACUAUUCCAAGCGUCGGAUCAGGGGCGUGCAGUGUUGCAGGCGCUGCAGCAGCUCUGGCUGCCGGCUGGCCUGUGGGAGUGCAGCAGCAAUUGGUGCAGCAGCAGCAGCAAAUGCAGCAGCAAAUGCGGCAGCAACAGCAGCAUAUGCAGCAGCAACAGCAAUUGCUCCAACAGCAGCAGCUUGAGCAGCAGCGACGCUUGGACCAGCAGCACCUCGGUCAGCCUUAUAAGGAUGCGGAGCAACAAUGUCAUCCGCAUCCGUCAUACCAAACACUGCCCUUUGUACCCCCCCCAGGCACGCCACCCCAAUCAGUAUAG